UUGAAUUAGUAGGUGUUCUAAAACUUUUGACCAGUAGUGUAUGUAUUUAUAUUCAGGUCUCUGGUCAGGAAGCUAAUUUCCUGCAAUUAUAUCCAUUAUGUCAUGGGGUUUUGUUCUGUGUACUUAAAUACUGUAUUCUCAACAUAGCUCAUUCUAAUAUAUCUACUGAUAUACAUUUCAUUCUUAGUAUAUAUUGUGUAAAUGCAUCUGGUGUGAAUAUGUACAGAUUACACUUGGAAUGCUGUUAAUUAGAUUCGAUCUGACAUUUCUUGACUUCGUGUAGUAUUUUGUUAUUUAUUAUUUGGUAUUUUUCAUUUUACUGCAGUGUUAGUAGCUAGUAACAUAAGCACUUCGCUCUGCUCAACUGUGUACGCGACCAAUAACCUUUGAUUUGUGUGUGACAUGUCUUUGACAUCGACUGUCUGCUAUUAUCAACAGAACCACUAGAGGGCAGUCCUGCCCGCAUAGGCUUGUGAUUAUAUGCCGUGGUGAAAGUCUUAAAAAUAAGACUCGGUUCUGGAUUACUGAUCCGCUGAUCUGACCAUUUGCUGUAGAAUGGGACCCUCAAACCACAAGACUUCACUUAAGAGGCUGAGUUAGCUGUCCUGUCUUUGGAUGGACCCUCAUCUUAUUGGCUACCCAUUAUUGGCCACCCGAAUGGGUGUGGUCGUAGUGGAGGAAACUGAUGAGAGCGACCAAUGGUAUGAAGACUUCCAGUGUUGGCUCUCCUCAGGUGAGAGGGGCCCCCAGUCCAGCCCCAUCACCCCCCACCGCAACCCUGUGACCCCUCAGCCCAGCCCUGUGUCAUCAGAAGGGGACGAACCUGGACAAGGGAGGAAGGUGUCUUUCUUUGAUGAUGUCACUGUCUAUGUGUUUGAUCAGGAGAGUCCCACCAGGGAGCUACAAAGUCACUGGCCAGAGACCAACAGCAAAGAGACCAAGGGUCAAUCUCCAAUACCAAUUUACAGACACACACCUGAGACCAAUGAUCAAUCCCCAAUCCCGCCCUGCAGCUAUGUCAACCAUCUACCUCACAUGGCAACCUCAGGGGUCUGCUUAAAGGACAAUGGUCAUGGUUUAGAAUGGGAGGAUGACUUCUCCUUCUUGGACAGCUCCCUCAAAACCAAGAUGGCCGAUCACCAUCUAAUAAUAUCAGAAUCCAGUAUAUUUUCCGCAUCCCCCCACCAGACCUCCACAUCCUCACACCAGAGGUGGAGUUGUCCAUCCACCCAUACCUGCUCACAGUUGAGACCUUCUAGUCUGGUCCUCACCCACGUCACUGAUGCUGACCUGGAGCAGUAAGCCCAGUAUCCGUCACUGGGGAUGAGGAGAUGGAGGCCUAACAGCGUGUUUGCUGAAGGAAGACAAUGUGAUGGAAGACAAAUCUCCAGAUAAACAGAAGAACAGAAGAGCUCAACAGUGGGACCUUGCUGUUUCACCACUAGUAAACACUACACAUACUCCCUUUACAUUCUAUGGGCCUGACUAAGGGUCCAACUGCAGGGUUGAUAAACCAUCCCUUUUCAGGCUACUGUACCACCAAGAGUCAGUUGUUUACCUUUCAGGGCUGUGCCUGUCUCCCAAUAAGGAUUAGCCUACAAUAACAGAGGGCUCUGAUGAUCAGAACAUAGCAAUGGUGACCUGAUAAUCCUACAUUGAAUAAAUGGGUUCCAACAAAUGGGAAUCUCUUGAUUCACUCGUAAAGUAUUUGACAGCCUGCAUAUUUCAAAUGUAAGAACAUUUUCAUCAGGUUUUUCAUCAGCUAACUACUGUACUGAUAAGAGCUUGAUGUUGAAAAUAAAACAUUUCUGCAGUCUU